AUGCUAGAAAAUACAGAUACCGAAUGUUCCUGUCCAUAUGCUUUCGAAGGGAAAAAUACUGAUUUAGUAGCUCGUUCCCCUCCAGAAGUAAACGAUUUUAAAAGUUUAGAUGUUGCAUGGAAAAAGAGGUUCACCACAACUGCAAAAAUACUUAAUAUGGAGGAAAUUACUAGAGAAACACCAUUUUUAGGUGUAAUUUCAUGCCGUUAA